CUGCUGGUGCCGGGCGCGGGUCGCUCGCCGGCGGCCAUGGGAGAGGCCGAGGUGGGCGGCGGGGGCGCCCCGGGCGACAAGGGCCCCGGGGAGGCGGCCACCAGCCCCGCGGAGGAGACGGUGGUGUGGAGCCCCGAGGUGGAGGUGUGCCUCUUCCACGCCAUGCUGGGCCACAAGCCCGUCGGAGUGAACCGACACUUCCACAUGAUUUGUAUCCGAGACAAGUUCAGCCAGAACAUUGGUCGGCAGGUCCCAUCCAAGGUCAUCUGGGACCACCUGAGCACUAUGUACGACAUGCAGGCCCUGCAUGAAUCUGAAAUUCUUCCCUUCCCGAAUCCAGAGAGGAACUUCGUCCUUCCGGAAGAAAUCAUUCAGGAGGUCCGAGAAGGAAAAGUGCUCAUUGAGGAAGAGGUGAAAGAGGAGAUGAAGGAAGAUGUGGACCCCCACAGCGGGGCUGAUGAUGUUUUUUCAUCUUCAGGGAGCUUGGGAAAGGCAUUAGAAAAAUCCAGCAAAGACAAGGAGAAGAACUCCUCAGACUUGGGGUGCAAAGAAGGGGCGGACAAACGGAAGCGCAGCCGGGUCACUGACAAAGUCCUGACUGCAAACAGUAACCCCUCCAGCCCCAGUGCCGCCAAGCGGCGCCGAACAUAGCCCCUGGAAGCACAGAAGAAUGCUGACGCUGCGGUCCUUUGCUGCCUGCUCGGGGACCCCUGGGGAAUGUGGCCAUCCAGAGGGGCGCCUAUGUGGGUCCCACCAAGUCAUGGAGGCCCCGAUGAACCCCAACAGCCAGGAUGAGAUGCACACAGAUGGUGAGGCCCCUGAAGCCAUCUUGUAUUUUCUCCUGACUGGCCACCACUCUGCGAGGAGGGGAGCUGGGGAACGGAGCCAGAAGACCAGGAGUCCACAAGCAAUAAACCGCCAUCCUCACUGUCUUCCUGCGCACCCGGCCUCUGCAUCCGCUUGGCCCUCUGCGGCUCCUCUGCACCGACGUCCGAGGAACGAGAAUGUGCGUGGAUGCCACCACACCGCCCUGGGUGGCCUCCCUCCCCACUGGGGAACAGAACUGGAUUUUUGCCUCAUUCACUUGUACUGUAAUGUUGUAUAUAAUUUGGUUGGUACUUCGUUAUUUAAUUUUUUAAGAAACCUAUUUUGCUAGUGUUUUAUAUGAGAAAGUACUGCAAAUGUUAAACCUGUGUUGUAUUUUUCCUGAGAUGUUUUGUUUUAAGGUAACAACUACUGAGAUACUUUUUGCUCAGUUUUUAUAUGCCAGAAACAGAAAUUUGUAGCGGUUAUUUUUGUAAUUCUAGUAACCUGCAAGAAGACUGCGAGAGAGGAUGCAGUGCUGGUUGAAGUACACUUUCAUUUGACUACAGCACAUUAAAAGUGCAGAGCUGA